UUACACACACACACACACACACACAAUAUCAGAGGAUAAAAUGGUUCAAUAUGUUUUACUUAAAGGCAUGAUAAAUAAAUGAUGAACAAAAUCACAUGAUGAAUAAAAAUAAUAGACUAAAAAAGAGGUCUAGAACCAUCCCAGUUUACCUAUAUGUUAAAAAAUGAAAUUUAAACCAGACUGAGCUGGUUCUCUGGCCGGCUGGUCACCCAGCUUGACAGGCAGAAAAGAGCCCAAAAUUGUUUAAUACCAGCCAAAAGACCAGACUGAAUGACCAGCUCAACAGGAGACCCACAUGAGCUUGAUGUUAAAAUCAUAAAUGAAACACUUGAAAUACACAUGAAAUGUGGUUUUGGAAAAUUUUAUGUGGAUUUUAUUUUAUCAUGUGUGGAAAAAAUGUGUUCAGUCCAGUGGUUGUUCAAAUCGAAGUGAUAAUAAAUGAAUAGUUUGUGAAUAGCGUGAUAAUUUAAAUGAGAUAAACACGAAUAUUGUGAGGAGGAUGUCUCACAUCGUAGCGUUUUCUUUACAUACCCACUAGAGGUCAGUAGUGCCAAUGAUCGAGAGAUUUUGACAGCUUAAAGUUGGCGUAUGAUUCCUAAUAAAACAUAAAAUAUGAUGUUUAUAUUUGUGACUGAAUGUGCUACUGCGGUAUGUGUAUGAAGAACACAUGGUAUUUUAGACAACUAUACUACCUUGUAAUUGUUCACCGACCAUUCUUAAAUAAAGCUUGUUGAAAAUCACCUCACGCGUUCUUCCUGUUUGCAAAGAUGGAGGCAGAGGGAACGAUGCCCCCGCAGUCGCUCUCUGCUAAGUUUGAGGGGUCCUUUGCCUAUCUGACUGUGAGAGACCGACUACCAACUAUUCUCACAAAAGUGGUGGACACAUUACACCGCAAUAAGGACAAUUUCUUUAAAGAAUAUGGAGAGGAGGGGACGGAGGCAGAGAAGAGGGCCAUCUCCUUCCUGUCUAAGCUGAGGAAUGAACUGCAGACAGACAAACCUGUGCUGGCUCUCACUGAUAAUGCUGAGGACACACAGGCCUGGAAUGAAUACAUGGGAAGACAGCAGGAUCUGAUGGAGAACGGGCAGCUGGUCAGCUGGUUCAAGUCGCCAUGGCUCUAUGUGGAGUGUUACAUGUACCGGAGGAUCCAGGAGGCUCUGUAUAUGAAUCCACCGAUGCAUAACUUUGACGCGUUUAAGGAGGGAAAAACUCAAAGCUACUUUGAAUCUCAGCAAGCAAUUAAAUCCCUCUGCACGUACCUUCAGCAGCUCAUCACCAACAUGGAGAACAUGACUGAGAUACAGCUGCAAGAGAACUUCCUCAAGUUGAUCCAGGUCUCUCUGUGGGGAAACAAGUGUGAUCUGUCCAUCUCUGCGGGUCAGGACAACUCCCAAAAGUCAAGUCCCAUUGAUUCUCUCCCUGAUCUUCAGCGCUUCAUCCUAGUGGAUGACUCCAGCAUGGUUUGGUCAACAUUGGUUGCUUCUCAAGGGUUCAGAUCCUCAGGGAUGAAACAUGCGAGAGUGGAUAUCAUUUUAGACAACGCUGGUUUUGAACUCGUAACUGAUCUAGUCCUUGCCGACUUCCUUAUUUCAUCAGGACUGGCCAAGCAAAUCCGAUUUCAUGGCAAGUCCAUCCCGUGGUUUGUUUCAGACGUCACUAAACAAGACUUCGAGUGCACCAUCAAGCAGACCAUGGCAGCCAAUCACAAGUGGAUGUCAGCAAGCGGUGUCCAAUGGAAGCAUUUCAUGAAGGAUGGCACCUGGUCCUACCACGACCAUCCGUUUUGGACUCUGCCCCAUGAGUUCUGCGACAUGCCGGUGGAUGCAGCGGAUCUCUACAACACACUGCAGACCUCAGACCUGAUUCUCUUCAAAGGAGACUUGAACUACAGAAAGCUGACUGGAGAUAGGAAAUGGGAGCACACUGUUCGGUUUGAUCAAGCCCUUAGGGGGUUCCAGCCAGCCCCUCUCUGCAGUCUCAGGACACUAAAAGCUGAUGUUCAGGUGGGCUUACAGGCAGGUCAGGCCGAGAAGAUCAGCUCUCAGGAUCCAGACUGGAUGACCAAUGGAAAAUACGCUGCGAUUCAGUUUUCCAGUCCACACAGAGAACAGUAGAGGCCAAUGAGGGCGAAAAGCAAAAUCUGAAAAAAAAAAUGCAUUCGUCUGUUACCAACAUGCCAAACAAAUGUCUGCUGAUCUCGGUGUUAUUCAACAGUUUUAGAGCAAGUCAUGUAACGACUCUUUCUGCACAUCAGAUGUUUUCAUUGUUGAUAUAUAAGUGAAGGUUUGAAGAGACGCCUGGCAAAGCUUGAUCCUAGUUUACAGAGGAAAAGAUUGUCUGUUUGCACUGCUGGUUUGUAUUCAGUUUAUUUGCUAUAAAAUACAGAUGUAUAAACAUUAAGAUGUGGCACGUGCUGUACAUUUGUAAAGAAAAUCUGCUAAACUGAAAUGUGACCUUUUUAUCGUGUUGACGGGAUAGUUCACCCAACAAAUUAAAACUAUUUAUGCACCCUCCA